AAUUGGUUGAGGAACUUAAUAGCCUGAUGUCGGUGUCAAGCCCGCAGUCGGGCCGCCUGUGGAGGGUGGGGUUUCAACCUUGAGCGUCAUGCAAUCCAGCCUACCAAGUGAUACGAACCUCAACCGCAAUCACUACCCGCCAGUGCAAACACAUGAAGACUGCAUGCACUGCUGCAAACCUCCGCUUAGACAAUCUCUCUUUACAAGAAUUUCGUUAUAUGGCCUAAUUUACAUGUUGAUGUUUCUCGAUCAUCCUGGCUUCAUCGAGCGCUCGCUCAAAGCUACACAGCAUCAUCAUAAAACGAACGUUGACGAAUGGAAAGAGUUUUGGAAAACGUUCCAAAAAGACGUCGGGAACAUUAACUUGCUUGCGACCGUACUGCUGGCUGGGAAUGCCAAUUUCCUGAAUAUCACCAAUCAGCAUGGGUUGUCUUACUGGCCUCAGAAGCUGAGCUAUGUAUCUCUCGUGGCUGCAUUGGGUAGUAUUUUGAUGGGGUUGGCGGUCCGGAACCCGAGAUUCUUUACUGCUUACUCGGCGUUUUACUUCCAAGUCAUGGUAUUGGUAUUGGGGUUUCCGUUCGAGCUCUUCCUAUACAGCAUCAUUCUAUUCAUUGCUGCACUCAUUGUGCACCUCACUAUUAAUGCAGCAAAGCUCCAGAUUUAUGCGGCCGUUGCCAUUAUGGGCCUCGUGAUCAUAUGUCUCUUUUUGUAUUGGCUUGUCACGGAGCCAUUAGAUGGCUGGCAGUUUUUGCCCCAAGAGUGCAAGAGUCGUGGGACUGAGGAGCCUUUGCAAAACGCGUGAGCGCCUCUAGUGGAAGGAAGGAAGGAUCUUGGGAUGAGGUUGCUGGCUAGGUCGUACAGCUUUCGUUUGAUUUCUUCGCACGGUGAAAGUGAUAUCCUUUUACAUGAUUGAUACCCUGAAAUGUAUUGUAGGUGGCUCGAGUUCUACAUGCAAUGCUUUGUGUUGGGAAAUGUGGCCGGAGGCUGCUUCUUCGGAUCUGGACCUCACCUAAGUCGCUUUGCAACUGUCGUAUGGUGUUGAUAUGCACCCAGUUAUUCUUGGUUGCAACUUGUUCGACGCCACUGGGCCAAUCACGAAUACCCGGGGGAGCGUCGCUCUUU